GGCCAAUUACGAUCUUGUUUAAAACCCCAGAAAGCACGAUCGCAUAAAAUAUGUCGGAUGUGGAGUAUAUUGAGAAAAGAAGCGUUGAGGAGCCGCCCAGCGUCGCGAAUGCUCAAACACCGGAAAGCGCUGCUCAAAAUGUCCCUGCUGAUCGACAAGGCAGCGGAUGGGGAGGCUGGGGAGGCUGGAGCAACUUCAGCUCGGCUUUAUCUGGAGCGGCGCACGCUGUGACGGAGGCAAUUGAAAAAUCCGAUGUAGCGAAAACCGCUUCGGUGAUUGGGAAGAACAUCAAAAAAACCACAAUAGACUCUUUUGACAAAGUGUACGAAGCGAUUGAUCCGGAUUAUUUGCGGGAGCAAGAGUUGAAGCGCGAGGCGGCUACACGAAACGGAAUAGUACCGCAGAGCGAAGAUGCAGAGGAGACACAAGCCCGAGAGGUACCACAGGAGAAGGAUAUCAGCACGCCGGCGCUCAAUGCUGCAAAAGGAAUUGGGAGUGCCGCGGUGGAAGGGGUCGAAACAGUUCUUACAUCGAUUGACAAGGUGUUCGACUCCGCAUCGAGCGCCCUCGGAAAUACGUUUAUGGCAGGAUACAAGAAAAUCGAAGAGGCAAAGCUGGGAGAAAAAGCAAAACAAACCUUCACAAAGGUCACGCGGGAGGUUCAGCAGUCGACCGUAUUGCAGGAUGGGAUGCAUAGCGGUGGAGCGGUUGUCAAAGAAACUAUAGGAGCGCUUGAGAGCUUUGGCGAGAAGGCGUUUAAUUUCCUGGGGUUGAACCAAUUGGACGCGGACUCGGAUACCCGGGCCCCCGCAAAGUUCCGUCAGGUGACGAUACAAUCUGUCUUUGAAAACAAUUCUGGAACAGCCCAUCUGCAGGCACUGGAGAUGUUGUCGACUGAAUCCCAGGUGCGAGUGAGCGCCCUCCACCCGGAUCAAGCUCGCUCAGAGAUUGCCACCAUCGAAGCCCUGCUGACGAUCGAUAAUAUCGCAGAUGAGGCAGCGGCGUUGGGCGAAUACUCAGUAGAUUCAGAAGAUGGGGCCAAAGAACUGAUGAAGCUUUUGCAUGACCUAGGCGUCGAAAAUGGCUCUCAGGUACGAGCCGUGACUCAGAUCGUCUCCGAGGCGCAAAUAUUCCGGGAUGAGCAAGUGGUGGUUUAUGAAAAAGAAAUUGAAUCCGUGGCUGCAGACGGUGAACCAAACGAUGUCACGUCCGCUACUGAAGAGUUCAUGAUGACAACGUAUGGCGAAGCCAUGAACUCUCUGGCUGCUAUUGGAGAGAAGUCUUGCGAACAGAUACUACGGGUCGCUGAAGAGCUGUUGAUGCGAAUCGCAGAAGAGCGACUCAAAUAUAGUUCGGAGACACCAAAGGAUCUCACCGCAUCAACAGCAACUCUAUCAUCGACCGAACUGGCGAAACGUUUGCGCCAGGUGGUAAUUCGACUUGUAGCCGGAGCGCAACUUGUGGCGCAGAGAUACAUCCAGACGGUUGAAGGUGUAAGCAAUGCUUUCAAAAACGGACAUUCGGAGUCCUUAGCGUCCGUCGAGGCUAUUGAGCAAAAGGUUCUGACUGUCAAAAACGCAAUUCAUGCUGAUUUGCAGUAUGCUACAGAGCAGGUCCAAGAAGCCACCGGUCACGUAUCCCCUAUCGUCUCUCUUCUUCAUCUAACCCUACAGAGGUCAGAAAAGAACGAGGGAUAACCAUAAAAGUUUGUUACCCUAGCCUAUAUUUUCUUUCGAUUUUUUUGUGGAUAAUGAUUCAAUAAAAUAAGUGAUUUCUAC